AUGCCGUGCCCGUUGGGCAAAUUCAAACAGUAGAAAUGGAAGAGGACUCGAGAAGAGGAGAGUUUGACUGCGCAAACAUGACUGUCAUCAAACAUAGCAACACAAACCAAACUUCUAACAACGGCAAUAAUAACGCAGUCAUUCACACCGAUCAGUCUACAGCUCAGGAAGAAGAAUCAAAGAUUUCAUCUGAUAGAGAAAAGGAAUGGAACAUUUUGUGCCAUGUCGAUGAUCCUGAAUCCUCCGCUAUAUCUAAGGUAGAAAAUGUGUGCUUGUUGGACAACAAUGGUGAAGUUGAGAGAAACGGGGACCCUUCAAACCCACCAGAAGACAAAGAAAAUAAAAAUAUCCUCACACAUGCAAGAUCAGAACAUAGAGGUGACGGUCAAGAUGUAGGUUGCCAGCAGAUUGAUCCUUUGGCCAAUUCUUCUGGCAGUCAGAGGGAUUGUGAAUCUAGCGCAGUGUCUGCAAACCACAUUGAUGAGGAGGAAAUAUUCAGGAGAGCAAGAGAAGAAGGACGAGUGAAUGUUGUCUUUCCCGGCCGUGUCACCCAGGAUGGCUGCUGUAGAUUUGUUUGUGAGCUUCUGAAGUGUGUCCUUUACCAGCGGCAGCAGAUGCCUAUGACAUAUGACCAAAUGGUGUUCCUCCAAAAACAGCAGCAUAAUGCCACUCAGACAGAGGAUAUGAUAAACCGAAGGUCUGCAAAGACAUCUGAGGGCUUGGACUGGCGUCGAUGCCAGCGGACAUUACAGGACCUAGAUGAAGUGCUGGCCCACCUUGAGGCAUUGUUCUCUCUUAGCCAAGUUCCUCGUGUGCUUUUUAUGCUAGGUGGGUCUACCGUCCUUCCCACCGAGCUGUAUGAGGUGAACAUGGAAGCGGUGGCCAUGGGAGCUGGGGAAAACUGCUUAAGGACUUCAGCCUGUCUAAGGCAGCUUUUCCGCACAUUGUUUGUGGCUGACCUGUUGUCAGAUGCCAAGUCUGUGCGCCUCAUGACUACCACGGUCAUGGCUCUGGGUCACCGGGAUUGUGGGGUGACUGGGUUUAAGCCCAAAGUGGAUUUUAAAGUUCCCACAAAAGUGAAAAGGCAAGUCAUCUCUAUAGCCAGUGAUUUGUCACUUGCCGGGGAGUUACAAAAAAGUAAAACCGAUCUGGGGGACUAUAUAUGGUUUCAAGCCCCUGUUACUGUGAAAGGUUUCUGUAAAUGAUAAGGGAAUAAAGAGUAACAGAUUUCAGGUAAUGUUGAAAUACAGUUCACUCCAUUCACAGGGAUCACAGCUGUAUGACUGGCCAAAAAGUAUAUGGGCUAUUGUUUUUUUUAUUACUAUUAUUAUUAUUCAGGAAUUUAGUGUGAGAUUUUAAUUUUUUUAAUACCUCAGAUUAUUUAUGCCGUGUUUAUAUUGUCAUCUGCUAAUCCAUAUAUUUUACAUGAUUAAUUUUUCCAGUAUACAGUGGUGGUUUUCUAAUGUUUAAUAAUCUUGGCUGCUACUCACUCCAAGACCAUUUGUACUCAUUUGUAAUUCCUAUUAUUUAAAACCAAUUGCAAUAUGGCAGCUUCUGGAAACUGAUGUACAUGAUUUUAAUUUACUUAAAUUCAUGUGUUUUAGGCUCUUUGUGUCUGUCAGUAUAUAUUUUCAUGAAAAUAAUGCAUUGUGACACUUCCAUUUGGUGCUGUAUCUUUGUUUUUAUUUGAAUUCCAUUCACUUACAAAAGAACAUUCAAUCUUAAGGUCGGCAUUCAUUAAAUCUGGUUGAAAGGA